AUGCCCAUCCCGCCUCCCUCAUCGCGAGAAGAUUUCAAGAUCACCAUCAUCUGUGCCCUGACGCUGGAGGCGAAGGCUGUCGUACAACUCUUCGACGCGAUCUACGACGAGAGCCUCGACCAAUACCGAAAGGUCCCUGGUGACAACAAUGCAUACACGCUGGGAAGCAUUGGGAAAUAUCAUGUCGUCCUUGUGUACAUGCCCGGGGCGGGAAAGGGGUAUGCCUCCAGCGUGGCAACCAAUGUCAAGAGGAGCUAUACAUGCCUGGAGCUGGCACUUGUUGUGGGCGUGUGCGGGGGUGUCCCAUACACGAAGAGCCAAACAUUCCCACGGCAAGAUAUUUUCCUCGGAGAUGUUAUUGUUAGCAAGGGCGUCGUGCAGUAUGAUCUCGGGCGCCUCUAUCCUACAGAAUUUGUCCGGAAGAACACUGCGCUCGCCAAUCUCCCAAGGCCUCGCCCGGAGAUCCUUUCUUUCCUCAACAAAUUGGAAGUUGGUUAUGACCGGCUGGUCAAUCGAUUAGCCACGUAUCUAACCGAUGUUCAGAAGAAGUUCCCAAGUCGCUACCCUGGCGCGGAGAAAGAUAGGCUAUUUAGCCCCGAGUACGGACAUCGAACGAGGAACUGCAAAUGCGCUGAAUACACCCACUGCGAUAACGGCAUCGUUGCUCGCCAGAGAGAUCACGCGCGGCACGAUCAGGGAGUAGUGGUGCAUUUCGGCCUUGUCGCAUCCGGAGACACGGUCAUAAUGUCCGCGCACGACCGUGAUCAAAUCUCCGAGAUUGAAGAUAUCAUUGGCUUCGAGAUGGAAGGCGCAGGUGUCUGGGAAAAUCUUCCAUGUGUCGUGAUAAAGGGCGUGAGCGAUUAUGCCGACAGUCACAAAACGAAGGAAUGGCAGCACUUCGCGGCAGCCAGUGCAGCAGCAUGUGCGCGAUCGAUCUUGGACGAGACUCCAGUCUAUCUGCCUAACCCUUCGAUCAGCGAAUCCGGCUAUGAAGACGAUUUUUAUAUUGAGUCUUUGACGUUCCCACAAGCUCAAUUCCGUCUCGAGGAGAUAAGCUCCGCUCAUGAGACGACUUGCGAGUGGAUAACUGGACGUCCUGAGUACCUGGCAUGGAUGAGUGAGGAAUCUUUGCCAAACCAUGGGGGCUUUUUCUGGAUGAAAGGAAAGCCUGGCGCCGGGAAGUCGACUAUUAUGAAGUACCUGCUACUGAACGCGAAGAAAAGGCUUCGUGAUACUGUCCUCCUGUCCUUCUUCUUUCACGCCCAGGGCACUCUGCUAGAAAGAUCUGUUAUGGGAAUGUAUCGAUCAUUAUUACACCAGCUUUUGCAUUCCAGGGCGCCGCCUGACGCUAAAAACACAUUUCUCGAUGUGGCUAAACGUCUUGAGCUUCAAGAUGGCGAUCUUAUCUGGACGAAAAGAGAUGUGAAGAACUUGUUGUCAUUGACUAUCAAGUCUUUGAAGGGGCGCCACAUACUGUUUCUGAUUGAUGCAGUAGAUGAAUGCGAUCAAACUGAGGUCGAAGAUAUGACAACGUUCUUUCAAGAGCUUGGAAAAUCCGCAGUCGACCAUACGGUUUACCUGAGAAUCUGCUUGGCAAGCCGCCACUAUCCACACAUCACCCUUGACAAAGGGAUCGAGCUCAUUGUUGAAGAUCAGCAGGAGCAUGAAGAGGACUUGAGAAAGUACGUUGAGACGAAACUGAAAGGUGGUCGGUCCAAUGUUGUCCAAGAUAUCAGGAACCUUAUUUGUAAAAGAGCAGAUGGUGUCUUCUUAUGGGUUAUGCUUGUUGUUCGUUCAUUAAACGAAGCCUUUGACAGAGGCAAUAUAAGCGCCUUGAAAAAACGACUGGACGAAAUACCGGAUGGACUCGAUAAUCUUUUCACGGACAUCCUAACGCGAGAUCAAAAAGACAUGCACAUGCUCAUAUUCAGCCUUCAGCUCAUUCUUUUCGCUCGUCGGAGCCUUGCUGAGAAUGCUGAGCGAAGCAGAGCAAAGCCUCGUGUUCGUUUCAUCCACGAGUCCGUGCGAGACUUCUUACUUCAGAGAAACGGCUUGAGUAUAAUCCAGUCCCAAAGCAAUGACUCAAAGAGCUUCAUUGGAGUCUCUCAUGACCGUCUGAAACAGUUCUGUUUUGACUAUAUUUCUGGCGCGCUACUAUUAUGUCAGCCCUGCUCCGGCAAAGAAUUUCUAAUGUUGAGAGAUACGCCGCAAGGCAAACGACAAGACGGAUCCAUACAGGAAGCUUUCCCUUUCCUUGACUACGCCAUUCGCAAAGUCCUCGAGCACAGCGAUUUGGCACAGGCAGAAGGCAUCUCUCAAAAGGUGUUCCUAGACGCAUAUUCUAACCGGUUUUCUGACUUCAACCACGUCUACAAUGCUGUUGAAAAGUAUACAACACCACAAUACAAGGAUGACUGCUCACUCCUCUAUUUUAUGGCCCAUAGGGACCUGCAUUAUCUCAUACAAGUCCAAGUUCUUGGUAAAUCGCAUGCGUGGGAUUUGGGCGGCCAAUACUUGUGUCCAAUGGGUGCCGCAUUUCGCAAUGGAAAUAUGGCAUCCGUCCGAGCUCUUUUGGGACUGCAGCCCGACUCUCAACUACAAAGUUCAGACGUUGCCGUUGAGCCCGAGAUGGUUUCCCGCAUGAAGCAAUUCUUCGUCGAAUUGGACGGACAGACAAUGCAAUCCAAAUCAGAAAUCAAGAAGAGUCAGGAGUUAUUAUUUUUCGCACUCCAGGGCAAGUGCGUGAGCAUAUUGAGACUUUUGCUUUUCACAAAUUUCGUUGAUUUCAACGAAUUUCUCAAAAAUAGCGGAAGAACUCCUUUGAGUUGGUCAAUUCUGAAGCGUGAGCCUGGUAUGGUCGAUUUUUUGGUAUCCGAGGCGAAGAUCAACAUACAGGCUCAUAUCAAUAACGCUGACCGCAUCAAGAGGCCCCUUCUUAGGACGGCUUUCAGAUCGACUACUGAAUACGACAUGAUUAUCCCCGUGGGUGUUGAUCAGUGGGCAAAGGCCGACAGGGGCAUUUUGGAUAUAUUGCUGCGGCAAGAUUCAUUGAAUCUGAAGUGCCAAGAUGAAGAUCGAAAAAACGCCGUUCAUUGGGCAGCCCUAGCGAAUGAUGAAUGGUCGCUGAAAUCUCUCAUCAAAAGAGGAUUCGACUACGAACAUUGUGACUAUAUGGGGCGUGACCCGCUCUCCCAUGCUGCCGAACUCGGUCAUGUCGAUAUUGUGAAGGCUUUGCUUGAAAUAGAGGGAAUCGAAGUUGACAGGCGUGAUGAGACAGGAAGAACCCCGCUCAUAUGGGCUGUAAAUGGCUCCCGGGAUCGUCCAAUCGGGCAAACAAAGUUAGUGGUUGAGAGCCUAUUCAGGACUAACAGGGUCGACUUCAAUGCGCGAGACAAUUACCUCAGGUCUCCUCUAGCUACUGCGGUUUCGGAAGCUUAUCCGGGAUCUUAUCCAGGGGGAAUUGAAGUUCUGCUGAGCUUCGCUUCUGUGGACGUCAACAGCAGAGACUUGUACGGACAGACACCACUGAUUACGGCAUGCACCCGCGGGAAUACAAGGAUCCUCGAGUGUCUCCUACGUUGUGACAGAAUAGAUGUUGACGCACAAGAUAUCGACGGACGAACAGCCCUUUCCUGGGCUAUGGGACCGUUGAGUUUUCCCCGUACUGCGAGCGGCUAUGUUAGUGCAUCCUCUGAAAGGUGGUAUUCAUGUAUUGAUGCGGCGAAACUCUUGUUGGCGUCCCGAAGGCCUGACACUGGCCUGGCCGAUAUCUGGGGCCAUCCACCAACGUGGUGGGAAAAGGCCUAUAAGAUCUUUCUUACUGAGGUAGAAGGUGACAGGUUUCAAGAGAAAUUGAUGGCCGGGCCUUCCCUUCAGUCUCUCCUAGAAGAUUCGCAUUAUCAACCCGGGGGUGCCGCGUUGGUUCAGUCUAUGGAAACGGAAACCAUCAAAUCCGAAAUUCAACGAUUUCUGGAUGGGAAAGUUAAAGUGAAGAAUCACGUUGAAUUCGACUUGAGAUACAAGAAUGUGAAAUUUGGGACCGAUUCGAUGCUUCAAGGAACGGAGGCCAAAACAUUGAAUCUGUAG